UCAGCACUGUAAAAAGGGCUACAGUUUCAUAUGCAAACAUAGAUAAUCGAGAAAGAAAGGUCUGUGAGUAGAUGAGUGGUGAGGAAAUGGAAGGGAUAGAACACAAGAUAGUGGCGGUGAAUGGUAUAAACAUGCAUGUAGCAGAAAAAGGGCAAGGCCCUUUGAUUCUUUUCCUCCAUGGCUUCCCCGAGCUAUGGUACUCUUGGCGCCACCAGAUCCUUGCUUUGUCUGCCCUUGGCUACCGAGCUGUGGCUCCUGACUUACGGGGCUACGGUGACACUGAUGCCCCUGAUUCAGUCACCAGCUAUGCAUGCUUCCAUAUAGUGGGGGAUCUGAUUGAGCUUCUGGAAACAGUUGCUCCUGACCAAGAGAAGGUGUUCGUGGUAGGACAUGACUGGGGCGCUUACAUGGCUUGGUAUUUGUGUUUGUUUAGGCCAGACAAAGUGAAAGCUUUGUUGAACCUGAGUGUGCCUUAUAUUCAAUCUAGUCGACAAAUGAAGCCCAUUGAUGGCUGGAGAGCUUUCUAUGGUGAUGACUAUUACAUCUGCAGAUUUCAGGAACCAGGAGUAAUAGAGGCUGAGUUUGCUGAGAUUCGUACAGAGAGAAUUGUAAGGGAAUUCCUAACAUACCGAGUUCCAGGUCCAAUAUAUUUAACCAAAGGGAAACUAUUCGGACAUUCAGCAGAUACCCCAAUUACGUUGCCUUCCUGGUUGUCAGAGGAGGAAGUUAAUUACUAUGUCACUAAAUUUGACAAGAAAGGCUUUACCGGUGGAAUCAACUAUUACCGUAACUUUGACCGAAACUGGGAACUCAUGGCACCAUGGGAUGGUUGUGAAAUCAAAGUACCAGUUAAGUUCAUUGUGGGCGAUCAAGACCUUGUUUAUCAUAUGCCUGGUGUCAAGGAAUAUAUUGACAAUGGUUGGUUCAAGAAAAAUGUACCACUUUUGCAGGAAGUAGUUGUAAUGGAAGGAGUCGGGCAUUUCAUCAACAUGGAAAAAGCAGAUGAGAUUAACAAUCACAUUUAUAACUUCUUCCGCCAGUUUGAUCAACAUUCAAAGUCUUGUUUAUGACAGCCCCAUUACCUUUAAGCUUUCGUAUGAUAAAUUUGGCUGGGAUAAUAGCCUUAGUACUCAUCCAAGCCUUCAUCAGUAAGUUGUCAUGCUUGUGGAAUUAAAUAUUUUACUCGAACAAUAUUGCCUUCU